AUGAAGUUUGGACAGGAUCUGGCUGAACACCAGGUCCCUGAGUGGGAGGCCAAGUAUCUGGACUACAAGAAGGGAAAAAAGCGGUUGAAGAAGCUUGUGAAGAAACCAAGCAGUCUGCGUACUCCGCUGACCAUCCGCGGGGCAUCUUCUGAACAAAGACAAAAGGGCACACGGGGGGACUUGUCUGUCCCAGAUACCUCGAAACCGGUUUAUCAAAGUGUGGUGAACACCAAUUCGCCUGGAAUGGACCACAUGCACUCAUUCAAGCUGCCGUCACCGGCGCUGAUGCCGUCGGAUCGUCAUAGCAUGUCGCAAUCAAGUGAAGAGUCCAAGAAAGUGAACGAUACCACACCAUUGUUGUUUAGUGAGGACCCCAAACCGGUGGGACACAAGGAUCUGGGCACGCCACAGUCGCUGUCAAUGAGUGCGCGGCGCCAGUCGACCGUGGGCCGGUUCAUCGAUAACCUCAAACGGGUCAGCUCUGUUGGAAACAGUCCUGCAGGGGGAACAGAGAUGGACGAUCUGGACAAGUCUGCGCGCGAGGACUUCAUUGCGUGGGUCAACUCGGAGCUCGAGAAGGUGGAACAGUUUUACAAAAGCAGGGAAGACGCUUGUCUGGACCGGUAUCUUGUUCUUCAGGACCAGAUUGUCCAGCUGAACGAGCAGAAACAGCGAUCUGCACGGAAACUGUCGCGGGUGCGCGAUCUGCGCCAGAAACGCAAGACUAUCGACCGUCCGAACGUGAACUCCUCGGAGUUCGCUGACACAGGCACUUUGAACUCGUUCGAGGAGUCCUCCGACGACGAAGAAACAGGUGUUCGCGAAGGUAGCAGCACAUUGUGGUUCUGGGCGUAUCUCACCAAGCGCAAGUUCCGGAUCAUCAACAAGUUCGACACGCCGUCGCUGCCCAGCUUCGAGUGGCUCAGGGAGAACGGCAACGUCGAAAAACAAUACUACGAGGAUGACGAGGAACCAACUCACGACAACAGGCGCGAUUACAGACGGAGAAAGCAGCAGCAAACGGCUGUUCCAUACUUUUUUGCCCGUCGUCGACUCAAGAAGGCUGUGUACGAGCUGUACCGGUCGAUGGAGCUUCUGCGGUCGUACAAAGAGCUGAACAGAACAGCGUUCCGCAAACUGAUCAAGAAAUACGACAAGGCCACAGACGACAGCAUUCUUCCGAUCUACAUGCACAAGAUCGACAAUUCGUACUUUGUCAAGUCGGAAAUCCUAGACAGCAUGAUGGCCAAAGUGGAGAAUACGUUCACGGACGUGUUUGAGAACGGCAACCGUAAAGCGGCCAUCACCAAGCUGCGUUCGAGCGAGAAUGAAAAACAGUAUUAUUUCGUCACCUUUGCGGGAGCGUUGAUGCUGGGAAUAGCGCUUCCGUUCUUCGUCUACACCGUCUAUCUUGGUCUACACAAAACAGAAACAGGAAUUCUGCCAGAAGGCCGGUACAUGUUGCAAAUAUGGGGUGGUUUCUUCUUCUGCUGUCUCAUGGCGCUGCUUUUUUCCGUCAACUGUUUUGUCUGGACCAUCUACAAAGUCAACUACAAGUUCAUUUUCGAGUUCAACCAGCGUGACGCUUUGGACUACCGCCAGUUCUUUGCCAUGUCGUCGAUCUUUUUCUUGACCGGAGUCGUGCUGGCAUGGUUCAGUUUUGAGAACUUCUGGUCGUCCAAACUGGACGGCAGAAACUGGCCCUGGAUAUAUCUGGGAGUAUGUGCGGCCAUCUUUGUGUGUCCGUUCGACAUUCUCUACCUGAACACCCGCACAUGGCUGCUCUCGUCCGUGUUUAGACUGAUCUUCUCCGGACUGUACCCUGUGGAGUUUAGAGACUUUUUCCUUGGAGACGUGUUCUGUUCGCUAACGUACUCGAUCUCCAACCUGUCCAUAUUCUUCUGUCUCUACGCGACCCACUGGAAAGGUUGUCUGGAUGGUUCUGGGACUACCAAGUGCGGCUCUGGGCGGUCGCGACUCGUGGGCUUUCUAUCAACGCUGCCUAGCAUAUGGAGAUUCCUCCAGUGUUUCCGAAGAUACGCAGACACUGGCGAGUGGUUCCCGCACCUGGCCAACAUGCUCAAGUACACUGUCUCGAUUUUGUACUACAUGUCGUUGAGUCUGUACCGGAUCGACACGAUCCAGAAGUACAGGGCGCUGCUGAUCACGUUUGCAACGAUCAACUCGAUCUACAGCUCCAUAUGGGACAUUCUGAUGGACUGGUCGCUGCUCCAGUUCGAUAGUCAAAACUACUUGUUGAGAGACCAUCUCAUAUUCAAAAGAAAAUGGUAUUAUUACUUGGCCAUGGUGGUGGACGUGAUUCUCCGGUUCCAGUGGAUCUUCUAUGCGUUCUUCAAAGAGCAAAUCCAGCAGUCGGCGCUCACCAGCUUUUGUAUUGCGCUUGCAGAGAUCAUCAGACGGUUCAUCUGGAUCUUUUUCAGAAUGGAGAAUGAGCAUGCCACGAACGUGCAUUUGUCCAGAGCGUCUCGCGAGAGCCCUUUGCCAUACCCUGUGAUUGCACGCAAACACGAGAUUGCUCCUCCUUCGCCGGCUACCCAGGAAGAACAGCCGCAGCCGGCCACGCCUAUCCAGCGCAGAGAUACCAUUAUUGGCAACAUCUCCAAGAUGCUCAACAGCGCUCACAUCAAGGAUUUCCAGAGAAGAAAGACAACAAAGCAAUGGCAGAAGGAGGACGAGAGCGAGGCCGACGACGACGACGACGACACGCAGUGA